AUGUUCAGAGCCACUUUCCUCGUUUUCUUCCUCCUAUUCGGUGCUGUUUUCAGUCACCCUCACAAGGAGCCCGAUGCUGAUUCAAUCAGGGCUCAUGAGGAGGUCCGCAGGAGAUGCGGCCCUCGGGUGGCAAAAAUGAAGCGAGAUCGCCUGGCUCUUAGACGCCGUGAUGACUCCGUUGACGCCGACUCUGGAGAUACUGUCUACAAAAUCAACGCCAAGGCACCCAAGUACAACAAGAUCAAGGACUGGACCAACAUUCUUACACCUGAGACGAGCCGUGGUCCUUAUUUCCUGCCUAGGAGCCAGACCCUUCGUCAGGAUAUUCGAGAGGAUGAGCCUGGCGUGCCUCUGUCUUUGGAAAUUGGAGUCAUCGACGUUGACACAUGCGACCCCUUGGAUAGUGUCUUGGUUGAUAUCUGGCAUUGCAACGCUACCGGAUCUUAUAGUUCCUUCACGGGCCUAUCUCCCAACACUCAGUUCCUCGAUCUCUACUCUGAGCAGACUGACAAUGGGACACUUGACCUUCACCAGGGACUUCCAGAUCUAUCCUGGCUCUCGACUGAUGAAUCAACCUUUUUGCGUGGAAUGUGGCCCACCGACAAGCACGGGGUGACCUCGUUUACGACAAUUGUCCCUGGAUUUUACGUUCAACGAGCUAUCCAUAUUCAUGUCCAGAUCCAUACCAACUGGACUAUUCUGUCCAAUGGCACUCUUGCUCAUGGUGCAAUCGUCAGCACGGGUCAGAUCUUCAUCGACGAGCUUCUUUCAAGACAACUCAUGGCUUUGGAGCCAUACGUCAGCCACACCGAGAUUGAGCGAGUGAAGAAUGCAGACGAUGGCAUCUACAACCAAGAAUCAGCUACCGGUGCUAUGACCCUCCUGGACACGGAGCCGCUUGAUGGGAAGGACUAUACGAAGGGCGUUUUCGGAUACAUCACUCUGGGUGUCCAAAUGAGCCAAAUCAGAAACGGAAGCACAAUUGAUGCCUUGCCAGAGGUUCCUGUUCCUGCUUGA